AUGCUUUACGCCCCAUCACUUUCGCCACCCUGGGCUCCUCCAAUCAGCCACUGUCUCCUACCACCAGCCUUGGGCACUUUUCCAGGCCUUUUUCCUCGACUCACCUUAGCGCAACCGCGGGCGAUGACGAAACCUCGGCAACUCCGCCUCUUGCCGGCGAUCACGUGGAUGCAAAGUCCUCAUCUACGCCUAGAUUCGGUCAGCUGUUGCUGCAUUUGUCGGCUUUGUGGUGGCGCGCGAGGAGCUCGAGACUCGUGCUGAUUGCUGCUUUUUGCCCGAUCCUCUCGCUCCUGCGGAGCCGCGGUAGUCUGAUUACAUACGGCUUUGAAGAUGACCCCAAAGCAUGAAAAACAGGAAUUUGUAACAGUAUUAGUGCGAGAUCCCAGGUUACAGAAGGAAGAUUUUUGGCAUUCCUAUAUAGAUUAUGAAAUCUUCAUUCAUACAAAUAGCAUGUGUUUUACAAGAAAAACAUCUUGCGUCCGACGCCGUUUCCGAGAAUUUGUGUGGCUUAGACAGAAACUUCAAAGCAAUGCUGUAUUAAUACAAUUACCAGACCUUCCACCUAAAACUCCCUUUUUUAAUUCAAAUAAUUCUCAACAUGUGGACCAGCGUCGCCAAGGUUUGCAAGAAUUUCUCCAAAAGGUACUCCAGAAUCCAAUUUUGCUUUCAGACAGUAGACUUCAUCUAUUCGUACAAACACAGCUGAGUCCUGAAGACAUUGAGGCAUGUGUAUCUGGAAAUACGAAAUAUUCUGUGGCUGAAGCAAUCCAUGACUUUGCUUGUUUGAAACGACGAUUUCCUGUAGAACAUGAAGAGAAGAAAAAAGAAAAUUAUGCCGAUUCAGAUUCUGAGAGUUCAUCCUCUGGGCUUGAACACAGUGGCGAUGAUAGCAAUUCACACAGACAUAAAGCAAGCAGAGCUACCGAAGAACCCUGAAAUAUUAUUUGCACUCUGCAGUUCCUGGAAUGACAGGCCUAACUUGAAAGUUGCAUGUGACCUUUCUAACUACUUCCCAAAGCACGUGCUUUCUGUUUUCAAACCAGUUUUGAAAAAUAUAGAGUAUAUGCAGUAGAGGUCAUAUGGGCUGGGAAUUAUAGAGAUAAUAGUCCAAGUUAUUUUGCAGGCCAAGCAGGAGAAACCUGAUUUAUGUUGUUGAACAUUAUGAAUUACAUCUGUAGAGACACCUUCAGUAUCUUAGAUUUUCUGGUGUAAUCCUUUGGGGGUCAUUAUAAGGGAGAGCAGAGAAAACCUCUGAAUGAUUUUGAAAUAUGUUGAAAUAUCUGACCUCAAAAUGUACAAAUUCUAUUUUCAUUUGGCAUUUUAAAUGGCCACAUAAUUCUAUCGUAUUGUACAAAUCUUAACAGUUCUAAAUCAUAGGUAAAAUGUAAUUAAAAAACAACUCAGUUUUUAGUGAGAAGUAUUGCCAGGUAAGUAUGCAUAUGUGCUCAGCAAUACAGGAAUAAAUGACCAAGUUAGUUUUAAAUAAACAUUCUAAAAUAUUAGUUUCAUCUCAAUAAAUACUUGAACCCUGUGUAAUCAAAAUUACAGCGUAUCAAGUACUUCUGUCAGUAUGCUUAGUUGAAGCCAGUAGGUUUAAGCUUGCCUAACAAUUGUCACAGGUCAUGUAAAUAUGUUUCAGACCCAUAAUCCCAUUGGAAUUGAAGUACAUCGCAUUUGAGGGUACCAGAUUAAAGGAAUUUAGUAUGCCUUGCUUUCUGAUGCAAUAAAGAAACAAUAUAUAUAUAAAACCCUCUGCAUUAUAAAAUAAUUUUAUUUUAUUUUAUCAAAUUUAUGUUUUCUCUUUCUAGACGUAACAGUGAAGAAACUGGAUUUUAGAGGGGCAGGAAAUAAUAAAAGAUAAUUUAAUAUGUAUGUUUAAACUAUCUAGCUGGACAACUUCAUAAACUCAGUUCAUUUUGGAAAUCCUCAGUAAAAUUAACUGGUUACCCAAUCCAAAAAUGUAUUUAUUAUGGAACUAAUUUUCAUAUUCUAUUCAUAUUAAGUAAUUCUUUUUGAAGGUCAUGGAAUAUAUUUUGGAAGGGGGAGAAGAAGUAGUAAAUAUUUAGAGCCAACAAUCCUUUUGCUAUUAUGGUUGAGCAUAAAAUAACCUUGCAGAUUAUUUUAUUUUAUUAAAUUGGAUAAAACUGUUUAGGCCUAAUUACAAAAAAAUGCUAGCUACUUAUGUUUAGGUAACUGUGUGAACAUGUAAGUAAAAUCACCAGUGCAGUGUUUGCUAUUGUUACAGUAAAAUGAACAAAAGGCUUCCAACUGAGGAAAGGAAAAAAGAGACCAAAUAAAAUGGAAUAAGAUAUUGUCGCUUACUAAAAUUACAGAAAUCUAAAAUCGUUACUGUGAAGCAAUUUGAAGCAAUGUGUAUGCUAUAAAUUAAGUGAUUGCUAAUUUUAGUAUAUGAUGUCUGAAGACUUAUGUGAUGUCAUUUAAUUGAUGCCUGCUGGAGGAUAAACAAUUAUUUCAGUCUUAAGUAUUGCAAAUAGAAGGCUUGGGAACCACUGUUACGUUCAAAUUCCACUGUGAAUUGCUGGAUUUGAUGCAGUUUGUCAUUUGGUUUAUCUAUAUGGUGCAUAUUAAUCAUGUUGCUUCAGUGUUACUAUAUUCCUACUUUUCAGAGUAAACCUCUACAUGCUUACCAUGAUGUAAAUUUUAAUUGUUUACUCUGGAGUGUAUUUGAUUGCAGCUUGACCCUUGAAAUAUUUUAUGUCUAUCAAGUGUCUAUUAGUGAAAUACUUAAUCACAAAUGUGUGGACUCUUAAAAUGUUUGGAAAAUGCUUCUAUUUUGUUACAUUUCCAAAAUAAAACAUUUUCUAUGUUGA